UAAACGUCAAAAGUAAAUCAUUUUAAAAGUAAUUCGGAGUAAUUUGUUAUAUUUUGCAUUACUGUUAUUACUAAGUGCUAUAAAGUAGUGAUGGAGCAUAUAGUUUUCGACACCGAAAAGUUUAUUAGUUUGGUGGAGCCUAAUCCCUGUUUAUGGGACACAGGACACACAGAUUACUGUGACCGAAAUAAAAAACAACAAUGCUGGGUAGAAAUUUCAAAAGAAAUGUGUGGUAAUUAUGAAGAGAUGACGGCAGAUCAACAGAAUGAGUACGGCAAAUAUAUUCAAAGAAAAUGGAAGAAUUUAAGAAACUCGUUUGCCCGAGAAUUGGCCAAAAGGAAAAAGAAAAAAGUGGUGAUGGUAGUUCUUGGAAAACGUAUGUCUUUUUUAAGCAGCUCUCAUUUUUAAUGCGAUGCUCUGCAAAUAGAGAGACUACCUCAAAUUUUGCAAGUGGAAAUUCAGAGACAGCAGAAGCUCCAAAAUUAAAAGAAAAUGAUGGUUUUGCUAAUAAAACAGCUACACUUAUACACAAAAGAAAAAAAAAUCCUUCAAGAACAGACGACGAUUUACAAAUUGGAGAAUUAUUUAAAAAAAGUAUUGAACAGCGACAAAAAAACGAAAUGGUGUUGGACAAUGACGCUGACCGACAUUUUCUUCUUUCCUUUUUACCGGAUUUCAAGAAAGUACCAGAUGACAAAAAAAUGGAUUUAAAAAUGGUAAUAAUACAAUCAAUUAAAUCUGCUCAAUUAACCACUCAGGCUGCCUUUACACCUUAUAACUACAUACAACCUUUGACAUUACAUUUUUCUUCUCCAAACCCCCUACCACAACAAAAUGUUCCUACAUAUUCAUUAUCUCAACAUUUUUCUGAUUAUCCUUCAUCUGCCACUCCCUCUAAAUCUUCACGGUUAACAUCCAGUCAAAGAAUAAACAUCCUCAACCCUACCCUCUCACCCUAUUCUAUUAACUCAUCCUCUAUCAAUAAUUCUUAAUCCAUUUAUUCACAAAGUUCAUCUACUACUUCAUUUAAUGCGUCACAAGUUCCAACCAAUCACAGAAUAGAGACAAGUCAUAUUCUCUCACCUCAUUCCAUAGAAUCAACUGCCACUUCAACAGAUGGAUCAAUUUUGGAUCUU